UUCAGGUCCCAAUUUAUCCAAACCCGCCGAAAUCAAACCAGAACAUUUGGACAAUUUGAAAAUCGAAGUACUGGGUAACGGUUCGCUAUUCGAAGCCAAGUGGACCUCAUACAACUAUCACAACGUGAAAGCCUUGGCAAAGAAUCCUGAUGUGAACUUCAGCCGAAAAACUGUCGUAUACGCUCCUGGAUAUUUUGAACCAACUGCAUUACCUAUUGGAAGGAAUUUGAUGGUGCUGUAUAAGAAAUUGGGAUAUAACGUGCUUUUGUUAGAAUAUGUGGCUUUCACUACGAAUAUAUACCCUGUAGUCGUCCGCUUGUCGCGUCCUAUUGGCAAACACGUUGGUGAAAUGUUAGCCAACCUAACAGCGGUCGGUCUAGAUCCAAAAAAGCUGGAGCUGGUAGGUCUUAGCCUCGGUGGAGUGAUCAUGCCUUUUAUAGCUAGGAGAUUUCGUCAGAUCACCGGAAGCAACAUAUCUUCAAUGACCGCUCUUGAUCCGGCGGGACCUUGCGUCAGGCAUCUUGGACCAGACCAACGACUGGGUCCUUCAGAUGCUGAUUUUGUUCUUCACAUCGCAACAAAUACUGGUGGAUAUGGCAUGACCACUCCAGUAGGACAUGUGACUGUGUAUGUUAAUGGAGGGGAGUACCAACCAGGUUUCCUUACGUCUUUUCUUUGCGACGAUCUAUGCAGUCACUGGCGAUCGUUAUAUAUAUGGAUGUCGGCAUUGGAACAUCCCGGUUCAUUUAUAGCCAUGCAAUGUGAUUCUGUACAGCAAGCGAAAGACCAUCAUUGUUUUGAUAGAAAACCGAUGUGGAAACCACAGGGUGCUGGUGUGUUGAGGCCAAGGCCUUUUUGGUGGUGGGGAGACGCAUGCGGGAGAGGGGUUUGGAUCCUCGCUCUGGGUUCUUCCUGA